AUGCCUUUGAACCGAGAGAUGCCACCAAAGAAGAAAUUGUCGGGUGCUCAAUUCAAGCAGAUUCGCGAAGAGAAAAAGGCUGCAGCAGUAAAAAAUAGUGGUAGUAUCCAGCAAUUCUUCACGAGGGAAUUAACAUCAACGCAGACUGCACAAUCGCAAUCAGAAGACGAAAAUCAUGAAUUGAAUAGAGAACAAAAUAUGGAAGUGGAAUGCAACGAUACGCUUUCUGAGACGGAUUCCUCAAAUCAGCACAGAGGUCCUAUCAAUGGUGACGAUAUUUCCGUGUACCCAGUUACAAAUAAUAGACGUUUUGAGAAAAAAUGGUUUACUCGAACUAUGACAAAUGGUGAGAAAGUACACAGGAACUGGUUGAUCUACUGUGAACGGCUUGACUCUCUGUUUUGUUUUCCGUGUAUCCUCUUCAACGAUGACAGGAGCAGCAUUUGGUUGAACGGCUUCAACGACUGGCAACAUCUCAAUCCCUAUUUACCGAGACACGAAAACUCGACGUCUCAUAGAUCCAAUUAUAUAAAAAUGAAAACAUUUGAGAAGAAGUUGAAAUGUGGCGGUUUCAUCGAUGACCAUCUUCUCAAAGAAUUUGAUAAGGAAAGAGCAAAGUGGCGACAUAUUUUAAAAGUGAUACUCGAUGCGUCAAAAACAACGACGUCCUUAGAGGUAGCAGUGAAGUAA